AAGAAUCUAUCAAAGCCUCCUCUCUCUCUUUCUCUCUCGCUCUACCAUUUUUUCUGGUUGUUGUUGUUGUAAGUCUGACAGCGGUUGAGGUGGAAAACGAAGCUUUUCUUACAAGACAUGUUUUGUGUUUUGCUUGGCCGCGCAACCCAUCAGGGACAAAGCGGACAAUAUCUUGGUACUGCAUACUUAGGUUGUUACAGUUGUACUGUAUGCUUUUAAAGUUGUUAUCCACCAGCCAGGCGGGCAAUUGGUCAGGUGAAAUAAAACCGUGAGUUCCUUGAUGGGACCUUUAGGAGCAAAACGGGCAAUAUCCUGGCACGGUUUACUUGGGCUGUUACAGUUGUACUGUAUGCUAUUAAAGUUGUACUCACCGGUCUCCUGGGUGAGCACUUUGUCGGGUGAAAACAAAACUUUGAGUUCCUGUAUGAGCAGGGGGCAAAACGGAAAAUAUCGUGACACGGUUUACUUGGGCUGUUAGAGUUGUACUGUAUGCUUUUAAAGUUGUACUCCACCGGUCUCCUAGGAGUUACCUUCUGGUGUUUUGUGACCCUUGCUUGAAAAGGUCAUAGAGUAGACACCAAAUAUAGAAGGUACUGAAUAAUCCUUGUUAUGCAUGACUGGCCCUGUGGCCAUAGCGGACAACUUCGAGCCAACGCUUUCCUUUUCGAACAGAACAAGAUCUCUCGAUAUAGCAUCACUUUACGGCCAUGACAACAAUGCUGCUAUAACAAAUGGCGAAUCAUCUCGUCCUUCAGUUGAAACCGUCACCACAUUUGGAGAACUCAAACUCCAAAACGGAGAGUUUUACUCCGGUUUUCUUCAUGGAAAUGUACCCGAGGGUUCAGGAAUGUACGUUUGGUCAAACGGCUGCAAGUAUGAAGGCGAAUGGCGACGUGGAAUCUGGCACGGUUAUGGAAAGCUUCAUUGGCCGUCAGGGGCGUUUUACGAGGGAGAUUUUUCGGGUGGGUAUAUGCAGGGAACGGGAACGUACAUUCGCGCGGAUAAACUAGUUUAUAAAGGUCGUUGGCGGUUGAACCGCAAACAUGGGUUGGGUUAUCAAACUUUUCCUAAUGGAGACGUGUUUGAAGGGUCGUGGAUUCAGGGUUCACCGGAUGGACCGGGUAAGUAUUCGUGGGCUAACGGAAAUGAGUAUUCGGGUAACAUGAAAGCGGGAAAGAUGUCGGGUAAAGGUACGUUUACGUGGACGAAUGGCGAUUCGUAUGAAGGUAGUUGGUCGAAUGGAGUUAUGCACGGUUUUGGAGCUUAUACGUGGAGUGACGGUGGUCGUUACGUUGGCACGUGGACGUUCGGGGUAAAAGACGGAAAAGGAGCGUUUUAUCCGAACGGGUGCAAACUUCCAGCUAGACAAGAACUAUACCUUCAAGCGUUAAGAAAACGAGGUUUGUUAUCCGACUUACAAAAGUUCAAACAAGUGUCACGUAUUCAGCAUGCGUCUUCCAUCGAUAUGGGGCUCUUAAAGAUUGGUGGUGGUCGAUCGUCUCACAGUAAUUCAUCCGAAAAGUUUUCGAAAGACAACCUUUUGAAUUUGGAUGAGUCUCGUAACAAAAAUGUUUCGUUAGAAAGACGGUGGAGUCUAGAGGUUGCUAUCGAAAAAGUUAUGGGAAAUGAUUUGGCGUCUAUAAUGUCGGAUUCUGGCGGGGAGGAUGAUACCAAGACUCCGAUUCUCGAACGAGAAUAUAUGCAAGGGAUUUUAAUCAGCGAGCUUGUCGUUGACAGUAGUUUUUCGGCGGGUUCUAAACGAGAAAUGAGAAGACAGAGGAAGUUGGUGAAAGAGGUUAAGAGGCCCGGGGAAGCAAUUAUUAAGGGUCAUAGGAGUUACGAUUUAAUGCUCAGUUUACAACUUGGGAUCAGGUACACUGUCGGGAAAAUAACACCGGUUCAAAAGCGAGAAGUACGGACAUCGGAUUUCGGCCCGAGAGCUAGCUUCUGGAUGCAAUUUCCUAAAGAAGGAUCUCAACUAACGCCUACUCAUCAGUCUGAAGAUUUUAAGUGGAAAGAUUACUGUCCAAUGGUUUUCAGGAACUUGAGAGAGAUGUUUAAGAUUGAUGCUGCUGACUACAUGAUGUCGAUUUGUGGCAAUGAUGCUCUUAGAGAACUUUCGUCUCCCGGGAAAAGUGGCAGCGUUUUUUUCCUGUCGCAAGAUGAUCGGUUCAUGAUCAAGACGUUGCGGAAAUCUGAAGUACAGGUGCUUCUGCGGAUGCUUCCGGACUAUCACCGACAUGUGCGGACAUACGAAAACACACUGAUUACUAAAUUUUUUGGUCUCCACAGGAUAAAACCAUCAAGUGGUCAAAAGUUUCGGUUUGUAGUAAUGGGAAAUAUGUUCUGCACAGAAGUAAGGAUUCAUAGACGAUUUGAUUUAAAAGGCUCCUCUCUUGGGCGGUCUGCUGACAAGGUUGAAAUCGACGAAAACACGAUACUCAAAGAUCUUGAUCUAAACUACUGUUUUUAUCUAGAACCUUCUUGGCGCGGUGCUCUGUUAAAUCAGAUUGAAAUUGACAGUAACUUUUUAGAAGCUCAGAACAUUAUGGAUUACAGUCUUUUGCUCGGUGUACACUAUCGAGCCCCGCAGCACCUAAAAUCGUUGAUGUCUUACAAUCAAAGUGGAACAGCAGAUGGGCUGGGAAUAGUUGCCGAAGAAGAAUCUAUGGCGGAUGAGAUAUCACCCCAAGGUCUUGUUUUGGUGCCACGUGGAUCUGAAGAUGGUAGCGUUGUUGUGGGCUCGCACAUACGAGGAAGCCGUUUACGGUCAUCAGCUACUGGUGAUGUGGAAGUUGAUCUCCUUCUCCCUGGCACAGCAAGGUUACAAAUACAGCUAGGAGUGAACAUGCCAGCAAGAGCAGAGCUUCUUCCAGGUGAAGAAGAAAAACAAAUGUUUCACGAGGUAUAUGAUGUCGUGUUAUACCUCGGUAUCAUCGACAUAUUACAAGAGUACAAUAUAACAAAGAGGAUUGAACACAAAUAUAAAUCAUUUCAAUUCGAUUCGCUUUCCAUUUCGGCCGUGGACCCCACAUUUUACUCGCAACGCUUUCUCCAGUUUAUUCAGAAAGUAUUCCCUCAAAACGGUGCAGCAACAAACUAAAACCGAUCUACUCGAUGUUCAACAACACGAUCGCAAUGUCAAAGACCGGAGGGAUGAAAGUAUAACUAGGGAAUUAAAUGCAUUGCAAGGUACAGAAAAUGAAUACUCUGAAUUUUGUAACAUGUUGUAUCUGACAUUCAGUUCUUAAACUUUUUUAUUACAUACAGAUUGUUAUUUCUUCUUUCAUGCUGCUUUUAUUUAUUU